CCUGUCUACUACACCGUCUCUGACGUGCCACCCAAACCGCCGCUGUCUCCUCUCCUCCGGCCAGCCGUAAGACUCACCACCCUCCUCUGCAUGUCCAACGGUCGAGCAUCAUGCUAAUCUGUCGACGUAAUGUAGUUUACUCGCCAGCUUCAGUCACUGGGGACAAAAUGAUGCCAUCAUUGUGACAGCACAGAGGGAAACAGGGCCUGAUCAUGGGAGACAGAAGGAGGUCAACAUGUGCCGAAAUCUGUCCAAAUAUGCCCUCAUCUUCCUCUUUCUAGCCCUGUCUGGCCUAAUCUUCCUGCUACGCAACAUCCACACCGUGGAGAACUGGAACUGCCACACUAUUUCAGCUCUCUACCAACUCCAGAGUCGUAUCCAGUCGUCUUUCAUCCCAGUAAAUCUCCCCACUUUCCAUCACAACCGAACCUUCUGUGCCCAUCUGGGCCAGAAACCCUCCCCCGAAGAUGAGCUGGAGGAACGAUACCUGUUGGACUCUAUCGCCUGGCCUGGGCCUCCACCUCACUCUGCACCAACCACCCUGCGCCAGACAAGUGACCCCGUUCACAGCCUGUUCGCCAUCCUUCCCACUAAGGGAGGAAGGGAGUGGCAUGUGGGCGACCAGCUGGAGGCCCUCGUCCAAAUGCAUGACUUCCAGGGUCGUCCAAAGCGAUACGGUGGGGAUUUCCUUUUGGCCAGAUUGCACUCUCCUGAGUUUGGAGCAGGUGUAGCAGGUAAGGUACUGGACCACAGGAAUGGAUUUUAUUCCGCCAUGUUCCCGCUCCUCUGGCUGGGGUCUGCACAAGUUGAGAUUACGUUGGUGCACUCCAGCGAGGCCGUUAGUGUGCUGCGUCGGCUGAGGGAAGAACGUCCGGAUCGAGUGUUUUUCAAGAGUCUGUUCCGACUGGGCUUCCUGUCUGAAACUACAGUGUGCAACAUGUGCCUGCCACCUGACCAGCAGCCUCUGUGCAACUACACAGACCUUUACACAGGGGAGCCCUGGUACUGCUACAAGCCUAAGAUGCUCAGCUGUGACACCAGAGUCAACCACGCCAAAGGAGGCUAUCUGAAACACCUCAUCACCAACAAAGAAGCAUUGCUCUUCCAGAGUGGUGUAAACAUUAAAGUGCGAAUACACGCUUCAGGACCCGACAGAAUCGACGUGCUGCCUCCGAGGACAGAUAAAGUAGAGGUAGAAAGCAGCAGUAUAAAUCCAGAACACAUUAAGCUAGGAACGUCUGGAUAUUACUACGAGGACUCAUGGAGGCCGUUAAAUGGUGUUACAAUGCGCCAGUUCAAUGAAUCAUCUGCCAUCACUCAGUGUUUGAAGAACAAGGUGAUCAACAUGUACGGGGACUCUACCGUCAGGCAGUGGUUUGAGUACCUCAUUGCUUUAGUACCAGGAUUAAAGGAGUUCAACCUGAACAGUCCUAAAAACGUCGGGCCUUUCAUGGCGGUGGACAGCGCCCAUAAUAUACUCUUGAAGUACCGCUGCCAUGGGCCUCCCAUCCGCUUCUCCACCGUCAUGUCCAAUGAGUUGCGGUACGUUUCGAACGAGCUGGACGGCCUCUCUGGGGGUCCCAACACCGUCGUGGUGCUCAGCAUUUGGGCCCAUUUCAGCACUUUUCCAGUGGAAGUGUACAUACGGCGGCUCCGUCACAUUAGGCGGUCACUGGUGAGACUUCUGGAACGAGCGCCCGGAACAAUUGUUGUGAUCCGCUCGGGCAACCUUCAAGCUCUGGACCAAGAAGUGAGCCUGUACAACAGUGACUGGUACUCCCUGCAGCUCGAUGAGGUGCUCAGGUCCAUGUUCAAGGGAGUGAACGUGCUGCUGGUGGACGCCUGGCAAAUGAGUGUAGCGCACCACCUUCCUCACGCCCUCCAUCCACCUCCAGUCAUCGUCAGGAACAUGAUAGACACGAUUUUGUCUUACAUUUGCCCAGAGAAGUAAAAGAGAGAACCUGUAGUAUAAAAUAAGUGGAUUGUGUUGUUAAAAGAACCGCAUACGUUUACUGUAUGAAUCCAUCAACCAGUUCUUUAAUUUGUGUUUUCCAAAGCUACUAUCCCUUUAAAUAGUUUUUAGUGAUUUAAUUUGACUUCUAGUACAGAUCUCUGUUAACUUGCCUGUUUUGAUUUAAUUUUGAAUCCCACAAAACUAAUUUUAUUCUGAAAAUGCCAAAGACUUGGCACAGUGAUUGUUACUUUCCAUCUGCUUUCCUUACCAAAGUGUUUUGUGUGCGUAUGCAGUAUUAUUUACUUAAAGGCAGAAUAUGUAGGAUAAGUCUGCUGUAUCACUUUUGUAUAAGCCUAUCCAUUGUUUGUUUUUGUAGGAAAAUCCUACUCAUUCUGCCUUUACAUUGUCUGUAUUUGAGUUGGUAUUCUUCCAAAGUCGCAGUUUCAACUUUAUAUUUGUUUGUUAGUUUUGCCAAAGCCGAAGACUCAUUGAGUUGUAAUUUUUAUGAUUUUCCUCAGGCUAAAAAUGUGUUAUUGUGCUCUGUUGCCAAGUUGCCAUGGCUGCAUUUAUAUUAUAGCACUUUUAUCCAAAGUGCAUUGCAUUUUUUAUGUUGUCCAAAAAACUUAAUACAACUCAUCUCAAAGAUAAAACCUGCAACUCUUUGGUCAAUUAUUGAGGAACAUUGUUUCAGCUUUAAUAUCCCCGUACGUCACUUAAAAAAAUAACUUCUGAAUAUUCGAUUGUUAUGGACAGAACUGUGUCAACACAACCAGCAAACAAAGGGGAAUGUUUAAGGCUGGAGUUAUAUGUUCCUGUACUAGUUAGCCUGUUUUUCUUGUUGUUUUUCUGUUUCCCCUCACUUGCAACUGACAGAUCAGCCAUUCAGCCUUGAGACAAGUUUCACAAUGCAUCACUUCUGAUGCCGUUUUAAUUUGAGGCUUUACCUUUGCCUACAGUUUUUGCUAAUAUCACACUUUUGUAUAAAAAGCUACCUUUCUACUGCAAAAAUUGCUUUCCUUAUAUGUUCAAUUUUAGUUCUCGAUGUUUUAUAUGGACAAAUGAUCAUGAUGAAAUACUGUACGCUGGCACAUGUUCAUCAUUGGGACACAGUGAAGAUUGGAGAAGACAGUUAUCAGAUCUGUGUUACAAAGAUAAAAUGUGCCUAUUUUCUGUCUUAUCCUGUUUGUCCCUGAAUAUGAUCAGAGGCUGACGAUCAGUAGACUUUGUCAUAAGAGCAGAGCUACAGUCAGGCUGCCAGUGUCAAUUGUGUGCUUUUCUAACUGUUCAAAGGAGUGUUUCAUGACUGUAUUUUGUCAUUUUCUUACUCAAACUGGUGGUUAGAUCAAGCAGUAAAAACAGGUUUGAGAUGAAGCUGAACGUCAUAUCUAUAUAUUAUUUAUAUCACUUUAUGGGGGUAUGAUAAUAUUCUUGACAAACUGGGGAUGCAUCUUUUACCAUGCCUUUUCCUGAUCUUUAAGUUCAAGUAAAUAAACUGUUACCAUGGCA